CGACGAUGACGUCAUUGUUUGGCUCACAGGAGGUGAUCAUCAACAUCAUCCAGGAAGGGAAAUAGGUAUCUUGCAAAAAAUAAAAAUAAAUAAAAGAAAUCCAGUAUGAAAGGGCUGUACUGCAAGCUGGGUGAAGCCAAGGAGCUGAAGUUUAUUAUACAGGAGACAAGUAUAGCUGCAACUAUUGGUGAUCAUCAAGUCAAAGUUCAAGUCAAAGGCUGUUCGCUUAGUCCUGUGGACGUUAAGCUGUGUGAGGAUUUAAAGCUGCAGAGGGAACAUGUCCCGGUCGGGCGAGAGGUGGCAGGAGUCGUGCUCCAAGUGGGACCCAAAGUGACCUUCUUCCAGCCUGAUGAUGAAGUUGUGGGUAUUCUUCCCCUGGAUGCUGAGAUGUCUGGCCUUUGCGAUGUCGUCCUUGUGGAUGAAUAUAAUUUAGUUCAGAAACCCGAGAAGGUUAGCUGGUUUGAAGCUGCUGGAGCAAUUAAAGAUGGUCUCAGGGCCUACACAGCGCUACACACCCUGGCCCGCAUGGCUGUCGGACACACGCUGCUUGUACUGGAUGGGGCGAGUCCCUUUGGAGUGCUAGCCAUCCAGCUAGCCCAUUACCACGGGGUGAAAGUCCUCACUACUGCCAUAUCCCCGGACGACCAUAAGUUUCUGGAACAUCUUCGACCGAAUGUAGGUGUGCUAGAAUCACUUGUAGCCAGGGUGAUUGGAGUCUGGGACUCAAAAGUGGACCUAGUGGACUCAUGCCUGGAAGAGACUGGAGGACUUGGGGUGGACAUAGUCAUUGAUGCAGGAGUGAGGCUUUACGAAGAGGAACCGGAGGUCAAGAAACAUCUCCCACACAAGCACGACAUCAUCUCUCUUCUUGCAGUUGGGGGUCACUGGGUCACUACAGAAGACAACUUGCAGCUGGAUCCUCCAGACAGUCGCACUCUCUUCUUGAAGGCCGCCUCCAUCUCCUUUCUAAAUGAAGAAGUGUGGGAAGCGUCCAUGGCCAGACAGGGCCGAUAUCUCCAUAUUAUGAAGGACGUAGUGGAGAAGCUAUCAACAGGCAUUUUCAGGCCAGUGUUGGAAAACCCUGUGCCGUUGUACGAAGCCAUGGUUUCUAUGGAGAUGGUGCAGAGACGGCAAGUCAGAAAGCGAGUUGUGGUGAAGCUUUAAAUAUCCCAGAUCUACAAGGUCCAUCAUUCCAUGAUAAAAUGACUAAGUAAAAACUAAAUACAAAUAUGCUGCUUUUUUUCAGCGGUCAUUAAUGUGUGUUUCUCCUGACAGAUAGCAAAAGAUUACGACUUAAAAGAAUUCUAUACAAAUGUUCUGCUAUUAAAUCUUUUGUAAUUAUCAUUA